AUGGACAUAGUGGAGAAUCGCAAGACCGAUGGUACAUCCCAAAAAAAGAAGACAGAAGCCUGGGAGGAUAUUGCAUGCCACUACAAUAACUCGCCUAACGUAUCCCAGCGAGCGAAUGCUGCUCAACUUAAAAAAAUGUGGCAAAAUCUAAAAACGAAGGCCAGAGAUGCUAAAACUUUAGAAGCCCAAAAAAAAUGGACUGGUGGUGGACCUGCACCUCCGGCUAUAGGAUCCGAAGAGACCCAGGUCCUUUCUAUAUUACCAACUGUAAUGCCAACAAUUGAAGUUGAGAUAGAUAGUGAUAUAAUCCAAUCAAGCACCUCGCAAUUUAGUGAAACAAAUGAUGAUGACGGUGUUUACUGGCAAAACAAAAAAAAUAGAAUGAUGGACAUGGAAGUUCAUGUCUUCGGAGAAGAGUUUUGUUUUGUGUACAUUACUUACUUCAUUAUCUUUGUAACAAGGAAAAUGGAACCUAAUGAUAAUAAUAAUAGAAAUAGACCACAGCCAAGUCUAUGGGCUGUAGGGGCAGGAGUUGUAGCAGCAGGAGCAAUUGCUACACUUACAUAUUUCUUUGGUGGUAAAUCUAAGAAGACAGCACAAGAAAGACAAAGUACUUCUGCAGCACCAUCUCAAAGCCAACCAUUACCACACACGAGACACUCACAAGAUCAGAAUAACAGUGGGCCAUCUGCUAUAGAACUUAUAAGUCAAAGGCUCCUGAAUAGCUGUCAAGUUAACAGUAGGCCGAACUCUUCAUGUGCUCCUGAAAAUCCAAUCAUCACCAAUUUGAAUUCACUGUUACAAGACAUAUACGUUCGUUACAUAAAGCUACAGGAAUUUACCCUACAUUAUAAAGUGUUUGAUGUCAUAUUCAAUGAUCUGCACAAAAAGAUGAAAGAUGUGAAUCCAUACUACAGGAAGUAUUCAAGCACGGUACAAUUUGCGGGCAGCCACUUCGACAAGUUACGUAUCAAGAAACCUGAUGAAUUCGACAUGGAUAUAGUGAUCAGCUUACCCCUAAACCAUAAAGUAGACCCAUUCAAUCCCGCGAACAGUGACAUAAACUUAGAGCCAAAGGGACCCGGAUUCGUACAACUUAAAAUGGGUUUACAGUAUGAAAAGCUUCCCCAAAGGGAUAUCGACGAAUGGCCAAAUAAUAAAGAUGCAUACGAAUGGAAAGACAAAUCCAAUUAUUUGUUGCGUUCUAAAUUCAUUGAAUGGUUUGAAAGUGUUGUAACCUUGGCAUUGAACCAAUACGAAGUAAAAAUUAACUCUCGGCCAGUAGUGUAUGUGGAAGGUGUUGCGUAUGUCAUUCACGUGUCCAAGUCUGGCCCUGCGAUGACGCUGCUGAUUCGUAACCAUGAGAGAAACUUCAGUAUGGACGUUGAUCUUGUUCCAGCUUUGAAGUUCCCAGAAAGUCGUUGGCCAAUCUCUAAGACUUAUCGCCCCAUACCUACUAAAUGCAGCAAAGGGUAUUGGAUAGUCGUGCCAAAGCCCAAUAAAGAAUUUACAGUUGUGCAAGAUCAGUCGCGUGCUUGGCGUAUAGGACUUCACAAUCAAGAGAGAGAGUUAAUGUAUAACUCUCAUAAUUUAAAACAAACUAUACGGUUGAUGAAGAAAUUACGCGAUUCAUUGGACAUGAAGAAAAUAGCUAGUUACUACAUAAAGACCAUAUUUUUCUGGGAGAUUGUGGCAAUUAAUGACGAAGAAUACUGGCGCAAUAGUCCAGCAGUUUUAUUUAAACGAAUGGUUGGGAAACUGUACGAAGCUUUAAUGACGGGGAGUAUUCCUUAUUUUUGGAACAAGAACAACAAUCUUAUCGGUGGUGUUAAUAAGAAUAUUUUGAUGUCCUAUGCGAAUAAGUUGUUGCCAUUGAUGAAAAUUUUAGAGGACCCUUCUCAGUAUAAAUUGGUAGCCAAAUAUUUGUUGACUUAUAGCGAAUUUACUGACUACAAUAGGAGAUUUUUGCAUAUAUAA